UUUUGAACUAUCGACUAUUCUUAUUGGCUUCUAUUUUUAACUCACCUUCAAAAAAUGGCGGACUAACAUUUGUGAUGUUAAAUGCUCUGCGUAACCUUCAAUAUUGCAGCAGGUUCAUCUGUUAGUUAAAUUAACAUUGAAUAGAAAUUAACAAUAUUGCAAGAUAUUUCAUCAUGCGACUAACUUGUGAUAUUGAUAUAGCCAGUCGGCUUUUACCAACUCAAGGCAUGGUUGGCAAAUCAAAAGGAGUGCGAGCGUCCUUGUCCAUCGGUAAAAGAACUGGAACUGAUUCCAAAGAAGCUGCAAUAUAUCUGUUAGUUUGCACAGCUAAAGAAAAAACUGGAAUAAAGUAUCGACUGAAAGAAAAUAUUGAGCAAUUUUUCGCAAAGUUUAUUGGAGAAGGCAAAGCAACUGUACGUUUGAAAGAACCACAACUAGAUAUUCGAUUAAGUAAGGCUAAUCCUGUGGAUUUAAAGAAUUUCUUGGGAGCUUUGAGACUUGCGAGUCGUAAUGCAGAUAUUGAGAAACUUCAGCUAACUCCUCUCACACGAGCCACAUCUUCUCAAGUAGAGAAACCUCAGACAAGAAUGACAGUAUUGAAACGCAAAGAUUAUCCUCUGACAAAGUCAUUCCCACGAUCGCUUGAAGCAUUGAAAGUAUCCAACUGCUCCCUGACUAGAAUUGAUUUCCGAAUACUAGAUCUCAAGAAAUUGAAGGUACUGGACUUGAGUGAAAACCACAUUCGUUCUCUACCCACCUCGAUGGAACAUCUUGUUUCCCUUUCUGAGUUGAACUUGUCCCACAACCAGUUGAGUGUAUUCCCUCCAGAGUUGUGUAAAGAACCUCUGAAAUCAACAUUACACCUCUUAGACUUGAGUCAUAACAAGUUCAAAGUAAUACCACCACACAUAACUGCAUUGACAAAAUUAGUGCACUUCAAACUUGAAAGAAAUGAAAUAAUGCGAUUGCCACAGGCGAUAGGUAGGCUUCAACAGCUAAGAUUUUUCUCAGCUGGACACAAUCAAAUUAAGACUCUUCCAGCUGGAUUUAUAAGACUGAGACUGGAUUCGCUGGAUUUAUUUGGAAAUCCAUUCCUUGAUGAUGGACCAUCUACAGCAACAUCAAGACUUAAAUUUCCAACAUUGUUAGAAAUAGCUGCAAGAAUGGUCAGGAAACUUGGAUUGUCAUAUGAUGAGAAUGAAAUCCCAAAACCUUUAUGUGAUUACUUGGAUUCAAUGAAGAAAUGUCUGUGUGGAAGUCCAUGUUUUGAGUCCUGUGUUCAUUUCUUGGCCAGAGUCAACUUACACCGAUUAGCCCAUACAGUGACAUCGCUGGAUCAUACAGGCCGUACAAAUGCACCACUAGAAGCAUAUCUAUGUUCACAGAGAUGCCAUAAUAGAUACCAAAAUAAUCCAAAUGCAAUUUGGCGCUGAUAUUGGCUCAAUAUUGCCCAUAAAUUGUAAAUCUACUUUUUAACCAAGAUAAAAAUGUGUUUAUAUUAAAAUAAUUAUAAUAAAAAAUAACAUAGCAAA